GAACUGAUGUCGUCAUUGUUAAAAAUGGCAGAAGAAUAUGUGGCACGGGAGGCUGCUUAGCCAAUGCACCCUUGCAUCAGAACAAGAGCUAUUUCGAGUUUAAAAUCCAGUCCACAGGGAUUUGGGGUAUUGGAGUUGCAACCCAGAAAGCAAACUUGAAUCAAAUUCCACUUGGUCGAGACGUCCACAGCUUGGUGAUGAGAAAUGAUGGAGCUCUCUACUAUAACAAUGAGGAGAAAAAUAGACUGCCAGCAAACAGCCUUCCUCAGGAGGGCGAUGUGGUGGGCAUUACAUAUGAUCAUGUAGAAUUAAAUGUGUAUUUAAAUGGGAAGAACAUGCAUUGUCCAGCUUCAGGAAUCCGGGGGACUGUCUAUCCGGUGGUCUAUGUUGAUGACAGUGCCAUUCUGGAUUGUCAGUUCAGUGAAUUUUAUCAUACACCUCCACCAGGGUUUGAAAAGAUCCUCUUUGAGCAGCAAAUCUUCUGAAUGUCUUCAUACUGAAAAUUUGCACCCUGCACUGUUACAAAAGCAUUGUCAUCUUUAUAAAGCUUCACAUUACUUUUAGGAAACAUAUCUGUAUUUUUAGUAAGUAUUUGUGACUGUUGUCUGCAGAAUUCCUAUGUUAACUGCAACACGGGGAACUUUGUUGCAAAUAUGAGAUUUCUGGCAAUGCUCUGUGGUUGAAAAUGAGUGUUUGGGGGCAGGGUUUUGUCUGAUUUGUACUUGAUGCAUAAGGAGACUAAGAGAUAUUAUUGUCAUCAGUAUUACAUUCAGUGUUUUGAAUAAACUGGAGCUCUGUAAAGCCAGUAGUUCUUAUGCAUAUGAUAGCUAUGGAGAUGGAUAGUUAUUAUUUGUUUCCCAGUUUUUUUCACACAGAAGUUACAUACUUUGCUUGAAGGAAGCACUGUGUUCCUGGUCUGUGAUCUGGAGUUGCGGUGUCCCGGUUGUGCACAAUAGCUAAUAAUAUGAUGGCAUAACUAGCAGCUCGACACUUCUUGGUUUUUUCCCUGCAAAGUCUAAUUCAAUCUAUUCCCUCAGUCUUAGACCAGCAAAUAUAACUUAUCCAUUUCUCCUAGCUUUUCAUUUGCUUUUAUUUUGAC